CAUUAUGAGUACAGUCUGAGCUGGGAGAGCUAUAUGAAUCUGGUUAUAUCAGCUCUUCUAUGCUGUACUCACAUUUGCCUUUGCUGUAUGUGUUCUGAAUCUGUCAGCAAGGGGUUAAGGAAAGUGGCAACUCAUGUUGCAGUGACCAGAAAAAAGCAACAAAACCUCAUCAUCUGGAAACAGGAAUUGGAAAACAAAACUAUCUUUUCUUGGGACCUCGUAUUAUCUAGUUAAUAAGUUUCUUUCUACACUUGUUCUGACUGGUUGAAUGUACCCUAUUUAGAUGUUGAAGUAAUUAAAUAAGAUAAUAGUAAAACUCUGAAAAGGAGCAAGAAAUUUCCUCGUUUAACAAUACUCAUGAAUCAUAGAGUCUAAUUGGAGAGACAGGAAGCAUUUCACAUGAAUAACUCCUCCCCUCCUUCCUCCUCUGUUUUGCAAACGCUGAUCUUCAGAGGAGGAGCUGGGGGAUGCCAAUGAGCUGAGUUGCCAAGCGAGGCGUUAGCAGGAACUUCAUUACCCUUCUUUGCCUUAGUAUCUCGGCAAAUUAUGCUGCUACUCGCACCAUGAACUGGCUGUCUGCUUCCCCGGGAGUCGUUUUAACAGCCUACCACCCCAGCGGCAACAAUGCCCUGGCCGGGAGUCAUGCGAAAGAGAGCGAAGAAACGUCCCCCUCAAGCCGCAGAUCUGGCCAGUAUACAAUGAACCAUGACAACUCUAAGAAGUCCACAGAGAGGCCACAAAUUGACCGCUCAAGUUCCCAGGAUUCCUUGGAUGAGUUGUCUAUGGAUGACUAUUGGAAAGAACUUGAGAACAUCCAUGAAACCAGCAAAAAUAAUCAUAGAGAGCAAGAAGUGGUUGUGGUGAAAGAGCCUGAUGAGGGAGAGUUGGAAGAAGAGUGGUUAAAGGAAGCUGGGCUGUCAAACCUUUUUAGUGAGAGCACAGGAGAGUCCCUAGACAGCAUGGUGUUUCUGUCCACAUUGACACGAACUCAGACAGCAGCAGUACAGAAGCGAGUGGAGACUGUCUCACAAACCCUGAGGAAAAAAAACAAGCCGUACCAGGUUCCUGACGUCAGAGAUAUCUUCAGGCAACAAAGUGAUUCAAAGGAAAAAGUCUCUGGUGAGAGUGAGCCCUCAUCUGUGACAGCAAUAGAGAAUAAAAAUGAAGCUCAAGAUGAAGUGAAAGAUGAUCCGGAGUUCAGCCUUGGUAUCAAUGAAAAGACCACCCUGCUUGAGGAUGUGCCAGUUUCUGAAACUGAUAUCAAUUUAGAGAUUUCAUUUGCAGAGCAGGCAGCCAAUCUCAAAGACAGCUCAAUAGGCAAAAUGUGCAAAGGCAAAGAGGACGAUACGCAACUUCCUAAUUUCAGAUUGCCAAAGGACAAAACGGGUACCACAAAGAUUGGUGAUCUGGCCCCUCAGGACAUGAAGAAAGUCUAUUCCUUAGCACUGAUUGAGCUAACCGCACUGUAUGACUUACUCGGGACAGAAUUCAAGCAACAAAAAGCCAUAAAAAUCAAAACGAAAGACUCUGGUCUUUUUGGUGUCCCACUGUCAGUUCUGCUGGAACAGGAUCAGAAGAAAGUACCAGGCACCAGGAUACCACUGAUCUUUCACAAACUGAUUUCUCAGAUAGAAGAGGCAAGAUUGGAUACAGAAGGACUUCUUCGAAUACCAGGAGUAGCAGCAAGAGUAAAGAGUCUUUGCCAAGAACUGGAAGCAAAGUUUUAUGAAGGGACUUUCAACUGGGAAAGUGUAAAGCAACAUGAUGCAGCAAGUCUUUUAAAACUCUUCAUCCGAGAACUGCCUCAGCCACUGCUCACUGUGGAAUAUCUCAAAGCUUUCCAGGACGUGCAGAAUCUUCCAACUAAGAAACAUCAACUGCAAGCAUUGAAUCUUUUGGUACUACUCCUACCUGAAGCAAACAGAGACACUUUGAAGAUACUGCUUGAAUUCCUCGAAAGGGUAAUUGAACAUCGUGAUAAAAAUAAAAUGACAUUAAAUAAUGUUGCAAUGGUGAUGGCCCCAAACCUCUUCACGUUUCAUGGGUUAGGCUCAAAGACUAUUGAACAAAGCGAGUUUGUUAUGGCUGCUGGAACAGCAAACGUCAUGCGCUUUAUGAUUAAAUACCAAAAACUUCUUUGGACAAUUCCUAAAUUUAUUGUCAACCAAGUGAGAAAGCAAAACACUGCAAGUCAGAAGAAGGAGAAAAAGGACAAAGCUAUGAAGAAACUGCUGAAAAAGAUGGCUUAUGACAAAGAAAAACAUGAAAAGCAAGACAAGAGCCCCAAUGAUGCUGAUGUUCCUCAGGGAGUGAUACGGGUGCAAGCGCCUCAUCUUUCGAAAGUUUCCAUGGCAAUACAGCUGACGGAAGAACUAAAAGCCAGUGAUAUAGUAGCCAGGUUUCUCAGCCAGAAGAGUGGAGUUGUCCAAGCUCUCAAGAAAGAAGAGGUAUUUUUAUAUGAAAUUGGAGGAAAUAUUGGAGAACGCUGCCUUGAUGAUGAUACCUACAUGAAGGACCUGUACCAACUCAACCCAAAUGCUGAGUGGAUUAUAAAGUACAAGCAUAGUUAAACACAUAACAAAUUACAAAAGAAAAAUCUGUGAACUGGACUUCGUAAUACUGUGUAUUCUACAAGGACAGGAUGUUGUUUUAUCAUUCAAAUGCAUUGUACUAUUAAAGGAAUAUUGUCAAGCUUAUUCAAACACUUACAAGUGGUUUCCACUAACUUGACAACAUUUACCACAGUCACCACGCAGCAAUAUCUGUGAUCCUAGCUUUCCCCGCCACGCGUAUUUAGACUCAGGAGUAAUUGCAUGGUAACUGAAGUUAAAUGUUGA